AUGGUGCGUUCGAACGCCAUCGCAGUUAUUUCUGCUUUCCUUCUUUUCAAAACAUCGGCGGCUAUCAAUGCAUGCCCUGUCACCGAUACAGUCUUUACCGGAACCCAGGGCAUCAGAUACCGUGUCUGCCCCGACACUGAUCUCAUAGGAGAUUCGCAAGCCAUCACACCCAACAUUGUUUCUACCACAGCAUGUGCACAACUCUGCGACGAGGCUUUGAACUGCUUCAAGGCCGUCUACGAUACGCAGACCAGAGACUGCCAUAUCAAGGCCAAUGCAGGUCUAAACUGGCAACCCAAUGUACGCUUCGAUGUGAUUCAGGCUGAGCAGAUCAACAUCGCAAAAUGUCCCUACACCGAGACGACAUACACAAACAAUGGUGUAAGUAAUGUUAUUACGUCGAAGGGGAAAAACUUCAAGGUCUGCCGUGAUACUGAUCUGCGCGGUGGAAGUGCCCAGAUGAUCAACGGGGUUACAACAUUGGACGAUUGUGCUCAGCGUUGUUCAACGAUCGACACAUGCGUGCAAGCAGUCUUCGAUUCGAACGCUUCAGUAUGCCACAUCAAGUCGGAUGCGAAGGCAAAUACCCUAAUCUGGUCGACCGACAAGCGCUUUGAUGUAAUCCGCCAAGAUGUCGCCGCUGCUCCUGCCACGGACGGUGCAUGGUCUGACUUGGUGAGGCUACCAGUCAUCCCAGUGGCUGCUUACAUUUUGCCAGAAUUCCCAACAUCAAGCCGACUUAUGGUCUUCUCUAGCUGGGGCGCAGAUGCUUUCGGAGGUGCAGGUGGACGCACCCAGUUCGCUGACUACAACUUUAACUCUGGUGCUGUCUCUGCCCGUACUGUGGCCAAUACUCAGCACGACAUGUUCUGUCCCGGUAUCAGUGCACUAGAAGAUGGACGCAUCCUCAUUCAGGGUGGUUCCGACGCCAACGUUAACAGCUUUUACAACCCAGCCAGCAAUAAUUUCACCCGAGCUCCUGAUCUGCUGAUGGCUCGCGGCUACCAGACAUCUGUGACUCUGAGCGACAAUCGCGUUUUCACCAUCGGCGGUGCCUACUCUGGACCACGACAGGGCAAGGAUGGUGAGGUUUACGACCCAAAAAGCAACUCUUGGAAGGCACUCCCUGGUGCGAAGAUCGGACCGAUGCUCACCACUGACAAUGAGGGUAUCUGGAGAGAAGACAACCACGGCUGGCUGUUCGCUUGGAAGGGUGGAUCAAUCUUCCAAGCUGGUCCAAGUAAGGCUAUGAACUGGUACAGCGCAAACGACACUGGUACUCAGGCCCCAGCCGGCACACGUGACACCGACGAUGCCAUGUGUGGUAUCUUUGUUAUGUAUGAGCCAGGAAAAAUCCUAACUGCUGGUGGAUCGCCUGACUACACCAACUCGGACGCCAACAAUCGCGCCCACUUGAUCAGCAUUGGUGAGUACGGCCAGCCUGCUACCGUUGAGCGUGCUCCUGAUAUGGCAUACCCUCGUGGCUUUGCAAACGCUGUUGUACUUCCUGAUGGUACUGUACUCGUCACUGGUGGUCAGCGUCGUUCAUUAGUUUUCACUGAUGACAACGGUAUUCUGCAGGCUGAGCUGUUCAACCCUGCGACCAAAUCUUGGAAGACCCUCGCAGCUGAGGCAGUUCCCCGCAACUACCACUCGGUCAGCAUUCUGCUCCCAGAUGGUCGCGUCUUCAGCGGUGGCGGCGGUCUCUGCUACACUGCCCAGGUCGGUGGAAGUACAGUCAACUGCAACAAGCUUGUCGACCAUGCUGAUGGCCAGACUUUCUCACCUCCUUACCUCUUCAACCCCGAUGGUUCCGCCGCUUCUCGUCCUACCAUUUCGGCUUUUAACGCUACUAGCGCCAAAGUCGGUGGCCAACUCACAAUCUCCACCUCUACCAUCGACCCCAAAUUCGUCUUGGUUCGCAUUGGUAGCGUCACACACUCGGUCAACAGUGACCAAAGACGUGUGCCUCUGACAAGUGUCACUCCUAGUGGCACACAGUACACUGCUAUCCUGCCAAGUGACAGCGGUGUCUUGAUUCCUGGACACUACUACCUCUUCGUCCUGAACUCUGCUGGUGUACCCAGCAUUGCGCGCACCGUCCAGAUAACCCUCUCUUAGUUUCCUUGUCCGUAGUUUCAUACUUCUCGUAUCGUCACGUUAUGAGUACAAACUACAUUUCAUAAUGAAUAUGGAUAGUAAUACCUGAUUGUCU